AUGGACAAGUACGAGGUACUGAGAGACAUCGGAUCGGGGAACAUCGGCGUGGCGAGGCUGAUGCGGCACAGGGUGACCAAGGAGCUUGUGGCCAUGAAGUACAUCGAGAGGGGACGUAAGGUCGAGCAUGGUUCUCCCCCGGAUCUCUUCAUCCGUUUCGCCCCCAUCUCUUCCUCCCAAUCUCUGGAUUCUAGCUAAUCGCUGUCGUAGCUUUCCUCCACAGAUCGACGAGAACGUGGCGAGGGAGAUCAUCAAUCAUCGGUCUCUGCGGCAUCCCAACAUCAUUCGCUUCAAGGAGGUAAGGAAUUGAGCAGAGGCUUGCGGAAUCGGCUUCCUCCUUCCACUGUCGUCUCCAUUAUAUCCUAGCAAAUCAGAGAACGAAUAUGUCACAGCUUUUACCUCCGGUUUGCUCUUUAGGUCGUGCUCACGCCGACGCAUCUGGCGAUCGUGAUGGAAUACGCCGCCGGCGGCGAGCUCUUCGAGCGAAUCUGCAGCGCCGGACGGUUCAGCGAGGAUGAGGUCUCUCCUAAUUCAUCUCUUUCGAGGCUAUCUUUCCCCGGGAAAAUCUCAUCCGCGUCCAGCUUCCGAUGCCUGAAACCUUGAUUCUACUGGAAAUUCCAGGCGAGGUACUUCUUCCAACAGCUCAUCAGCGGUGUUAGCUACUGCCAUCAUCUGGUACGUUUACGCGACCCCAGAAGAGUCGGUAAAGCUCCGAAAGCACGAUCAUCUAGAUCUCGGCGGUCACCGUGUACCUCGCUACCCGUCCUCUGCAGCAAAUCUGCCACCGGGAUCUGAAGCUGGAGAACACCCUGCUGGAUGGCAACCCCGCUCCCCGCGUCAAGAUCUGCGACUUCGGCUCCUCGAAGGUGCGAUCCCCCUCUGCAACAACCUGCCAAACUCAGUUCGAAAGACUUCUCACUUCGAUCAAGAGUUCUGAAACCAAGGCUCUUGAAAAGAUCUUCUGCAAAAAACCUUCUGAUGAAAACUUUCAUCAGAAAAAAACAUUCAUCUCCCGAGUUUUUCUUUUCUGAUUGAUUCGAACAGUCAUCUCUGCUCCACUCGCGGCCCAAGUCGACGGUCGGGACGCCCGCCUACAUCGCGCCGGAGGUCCUUUCCCGGCGAGAGUACGACGGCAAGGUGCGCAUUUACUCGCUACAUUCUUUCUUUCUGCGAUCUAUACAUUCCCGCCACGUGAGAAGCACUAUUUCAUGCUCCUCGUUUCUACGCUCGGCGGAUGUUCUGCCGUUGACCUCUCUGUUUCCUCCCAAGAACAGCUCGCAGAUGUCUGGUCAUGCGGAGUCACUCUUUACGUGAUGCUCGUCGGGGCCUACCCUUUCGAAGACCCAAACGAUCCGAAGAACUUUAGAAGAACCAUCGCAGUACGCAGCAGCUACCCCUCUCUCUCUCUCUCUCUCUCUCUCUCUAGCGAGCUAGGUCUGAAUGGCCUUCCUGGUUGCAGCGGAUAAUGUCAGUCCAGUACACCAUACCAGACUACGUCCAUAUUUCCAUGGACUGCAGGGCUCUCCUCCAGCGGAUUUUCGUGGCCAACCCAUCCAAAGUAUGAGAUUUUUCACUUUUUAUCUUCUUCCCUUUGUCUGGGAUCGGCGGUGAUAUGAUUUCUCCUGUGUUCUUCGCAGAGGAUAACAGUGGGAGAGAUCAAGAACCACCGUUGGUUCUUGAAGAAUCUGCCGAGGGAGCUCUCGGAGGGAGCGCAGGGAAUAUACUACCAGAGGAACGACAGGGCCUCCAGCUACUCCCUCCAGAGCGUGGAAGAGAUCAUGAGGAUAGUCGAGGAGGCGAGGAGGCCUGCGUCGAGGAUUUCGCCGGGCUUCGGGUGGACCGCCGAGGAAGAGGAGGAAGUGGAGGAGGACGAAGAAGAUGGGUACGAUCAGAGGGUCAAGCAAGUCCAUACCAGUGGUGAGCUCCGUAUUAUUUAG